AUGCCUCUCCUCUUUUUGCUGCUCCUGCUGCCAAGCACCUCACACCCACACCCAUGUGAGGUCACCCAAGUGGCUAGCCAGCUAGAAGUGAACUGUGACAAGCAGCAGCUGACAGCGCUGCCUCCAGACCUGCAAAAAGAAACAGCCAUCCUCCACCUGAGUGAGAACCCCUUGCACACCUUCUCCAUGGCAUCCCUGGUGCCUUUCCUUCGUCUCACUGACCUGCACCUUAGUCGAUGCGAGCUGACCAAACUCCAGACGGAUGUGAAGCUGCCACUGCUGGAGACGCUGGAUAUAUCUUACAAUGAGUUGAAAAGCCUGCCUCCACUAGGGCAGGCACUGCCUGCUCUCACUUUCCUGGACAUCUCCUUCAACCAGCUGACCUCCUUGUCUCCAGAUGCCCUGAAAGGCCUGUCCCGACUGCAAGAGCUCUAUCUUCGGGGCAAUAAGCUAAAGACUGUGCCCCCAGGGCUCCUGACACCCACACCGGAGCUGAAGAAGCUCAAUCUAGCUGAAAACAGAAUGACUGACCUGCCCUCUGGGCUCCUGGCUGGGUUGAGUAGCCUGGACACUCUCUACCUCCAACAUAACUCACUGCAAACGAUACCAGAGGGCUUCUUUGGGGACCUCCUCUUACCUUUUGUUUUUCUCCACAGCAACCCUUGGUUCUGCAGCUGUGAGAUCCUGUAUUUUCGUCACUGGCUGCAGAACAAUCCUAACAGUGUCUACUUAUGGAAGGAAGGUGAAGAUAAUAAGGCCAUGACCCCCAAUGUGACCAGCGUGCGAUGUGCCAAUUCAAACAAAGUACCCGUCUAUGAAUUCCCAGCGAAGGAUUGCCCAAUCCAUGGUGAUGGGGAUGCCAUAUAUGACUAUGAUGACUAUAGAGGAGAGGACACUGAGAGUAAUAAGGUACGUGCCACAAGCACUGUGGUCACCACAGCCCUUAUAACCCACUGGGGCCUGCUGUACUCACAGUCUACUGCUUCUAUAGAUAGCCAGAUGUCCUCCUUGCAUCCAGUACAAAAAUCCUCUGAGCACCAGAGCACAUUCUCAACCGGAUGGAUCCCAGAUGCCACCAUAUUCUCAACUACCACAGACUCCAGCACAUUCUCCCAGACUCUCAAACCCACUACUGAAGCCACUGCAGCCCCAACCACCUCAGAGCCCACCACAGCCCCAACUACCCGAGAACCCUCCACAGCCCCGACCAGCCCAGAGCCCACCACAGCCCCGACCACCCCAGAGCCCACCAUAGUCCCUAUCACCGUCAAGCCCACAACAGCCUCAACCACCCCAGAGUCCAACACAGCCCCGAUCACUGCAGAGCCUAUCACAGCCCUGAAUAUCCCAGAGCCCACCACAACUCCAUCCACCCAACGCUCCAUCAUAUUAACUACCACAAAACCCACCUUGCUCUCAACUGCCUUAGAAUCCAUCAUAAAAAUCAUUCCUGCACCUGUCAACCAAAGGGUAGCUCAAGGGAAUUUCGAUAGCACCAGAAAUGGCCCUUUUCUCAACCCUGAUUUUUGCUGCCUUCUCCCCCUGGGCUUUUAUGUCUUGGGUCUCCUCUGGCUUCUAUUUGCCUCUGUGGUCCUCAUCCUGCUGCUAACCUGGGCCCAGCACGUGAAACCACAGCCCCUGGACUAUGGGCAAGAUGCUGCUUUGGCCACAGCCACACAAACCGCACAUCUGGAGUUGCAGAGGGGAAGGCAAGUGACAGUGCCCCGGGCCUGGCUGCUCUUCCUUCAAGGUUCACUGCCCACUUUUCGCUCCAGCCUCUUCCUGUGGAUACGCCCUAAUGGCCGUGUGGGGCCUCUGGUAGCAGGACGGCGGCCCUCAGCUCUGAGUCAAGGUCGUGGUCAGGAUCUGCUGGGCACAGUGGGCAUUAGGUACUCUGGCCACAGCCUCUGA